UUCCUGGGAACGGAGGGCCAGGUGCCGGGGCGGCAGCCCAGGGGAUCUGGUGGGUGUGAGGCCCCGCAGAGCUAACUGUCCCUCCGCACCGGAGGCAGAGGCUCUCGGAGGAGACACGAGAACAGAGAGGAGAGAGGUGGACGGGGGUCAGCUUCGGAGUUUCCUCCCUCGGCGAGGCCUGCCCACGCCAGGUCAUAGGUGGGAAACAGGCGGCCCGUGGGGCACCUGUCCAGGCAUCCCGCCCUUUCGGGUCCACCGACCUCACCCGAGAUGCCCCCGAACUGUCUGUCUGAGCACGGAGCAUCCCACCGAGAGGCGCCGCCAGCCACCUUCCCGGGCCUCCAGGGUUGAACAUUCAGAGUAGUAUCCUGUUGUAUUCUUCAGCUCUAAGGGAGUCUUGAAAAUCCAAAACCCACAGCCGCGAUGACAGCCAGCAGCCACCGCAGGGGGCAGAGAGGAGCUGGAGCUCCUUCAGAGCCCCUUUCCCAGAGAACGGUUAUCAUCUGGCCUACCUGGGGGUUCCCUGGAAGACCCUGCUCGCAAAGCUGUCUGUAUCUGACCCAACUCAGAGCCCAGCCAGUGCAAAAACUUCUUCCCCGAGGGUACUUGUCGAGAAUAUCUGGAUGGAAUUGUCCAAUUUCACAGCUGUCUGAGAAGCCGGAUGACAGUGGGGCAGACAAAGGCCAACCGAAAGGCUUACGGGGAAAAACUGGGCCAUGACAAGGCAUAGGUGCUUUGAAAGGCUCCCGGGAGCCUGGAAGGCCAGGCACAGUCUAGGGCUGUGUGCACACCCAGAAGAGACCUGAGGGGGCCCUGAGCCCUCGCCUCGGGCUGAGCUGGAGGGCUAAGGCAGAGUUGUGAGCAGCGGGACUGAGCGGGGACGCUGCACCCCAGCAUCCACACUGAGCCCCUCCGCAAAGACUAGGCGAUUCACUGGUUCCAGCCGUUUCAGGAAAUCUCUGACCGUCGGUCAACCACUAAACUAAGUGAGCAGAGAUUUCAGUGUCCAUGCUCAACGUGCAAUGCAGGCUCUACAGAAUUAGUUCAGAAACGUCACCGAACUGACAAACAACAACAAACCCUGGGAAAGCAGGAGAGUCUGAUUUCCAGAGUAGCUGUGCUGCCUUAUCUAAAAUGUUCAGUUUCAACAAAACAAAUUACAAGACGUGAGAAGAAAUAAGAAAGUAUGACUCAUAAAGAGGCAAAAGACCCAACAAAUAGAAACUGUCCCUGAGGAAUCCCAGAUAUUGGACUUAUUGGACAGAGGUGUUCAAUCAGUUAUUUUAAAUGUGUUCACAGACCUACAGGAAACCGUGUCUAAAGAACGAAAAGCAAGAGGAUGACGCCUCACUGGACGGCAGCCCUCGUGCUGUGGGCUCGCUCAGGGUCACCCACACUGCCCCCCAACCUGCGCCCUCUGAGGGCUGCCCGGAGAUGGCUGCCCUUGGAAAUCUGGGCUGGGGGGCACCAGACACCCCUCAAGGCCCCCAUCCAACCCAGAGGGAGUGGGAAGGGAAGUAGCAGGCCAGCCAGCCUCCGAGGAAGAGCUGGUUCAGCCUGAGGGGGCAUCCUGCCUGUUUCUACUGAGCUGGGCACACCAGGCUUGGAGGACAGACUCCACGUGAAUAAAAAUGGGAAAUGGGAGUCAGCUAUUGGGAGCAGGGUGGACACUGAAGGGGACAUGGCUGUCUUCAGACACCGGCGCCAUGCGGCUCUGGGGAGGGCUGAGGGAUGGCCGGCUCUGUCUGCUGCUGUGUGAUGUGGGACGGGCCGCCGAGCCUCUCUGAGCCUGUUUGUUUCUCUGUGAAGUGGAUCAUGAACCCCUCUCCUCCCACCUCACGGCGUUGCCUUGAGAAUCAAAGGCAGACCGACUGUAAGGGCGGAUUCCUCCUCUCUCUCGGCCUCUCCCCCAGGACCCUCCUGGAGAGGAGCUACUGUCCCUGGGGCACCUUCUCUUUCUGGAACCACACCCCUCAGCCUGCGUGGCCUGCAGGAUGUUUGCCUGCUCUUAUCACAGCCCGCAUGCAAACAGACGUGGGGAGCUCCAUGUGGGCGCCUGGUAACUGGGCCAUCUGUGCCGGCUGCCAGGCUCACCUCGGGCUCCAUCUGCGGCCACGGGGCAAGGAGGCCACGGCCUCCACGUGGUCCAGCAGGACGUGGACAUGGGAGGGUGAGGCCGGGGGACAAUCUGGCUUGCUGCAAGUCCGGGAACCGCAGCAGAGAGAGCUGACUGGCCUCAGGUCCCAGGAGGCCGAGAGGGCUGUGUCCACCUGGACCACCCUUCCUGCACGGCUGAGCCCAAGAUCUGGGCGCACAGGCCACCUUGGGAUAGGGUCACCCCAACACUGCCCAGGGAUGGGGAGCCAGGACAGGCGAUCCGCGCACGCCCAAAGGGUCACUCUUCAGCCUUGGCUUUGGGUGUGCAGCCAGGAGGCGAGGGCGGGCUGGGUUCUGGCCGGCUGCACGUUCUCGGGCACCUCAGGCCUGAAGGAGAGCAGGUCUGUGCAUUUGUGCGGGAAAAACAUUUCUUUAUUAGGACUUUAUUUUUUUAGAACAGUUUUAGGUUUACAGCAAAAUCGGAAGUGCAGAGAUAUUCCAUGUAUUACCCCCCUGCCUUCACACAUGCACAGCCUCCCUCCCCCAUUAUCAACAUCCCUCGCCAGAGUGGGACGUUCGUCACAGUUGAUGAGCCUGUGCUACAUCAUCAUCACCCAAAGCCCACAGUCUGUAUUAGGGUUCACUCUUGGUGUUGCACGUUCUGUGGGCUUGGACACCAUAUAAUAAUAUGUCGACGUGUAUCCAUCAUUAUUGUAUCAUACAGAAUGUUUUCACCAUCCUAAACAUCCUCCGUGUUCUGCUUAUUCGCCCCUCCCCCAUAAACCCUGGCAAACACUGAUAUUUUUACUGUUCCCUAUUGUUUUGUUCUUUCCAGAAUGUCAUAUAGGUGAAAUCAUGCAGUACGUAGCCUUUUCAGAUUGACAUCUUUCGCUUAGUGAUAUGCAUUUAAGUUCCCUCCGUGUCUUUUCGUCGCUUGGGAGCUCAUUUCUUUUUAGCUCUGAAUAACACUCUGUUGUCUGGAUGCAUCACCGGUGAUUUAUCCACUCACCUACUGAAGGACCUCUGGGUUGCUCCAAGCUUCCAAGUUUGGGCAAUAAUGAAUUAAGCCGCUAUAAACAUCCAUGUGCAGGUUUUUGUGUGGAUACAAAUUUUCAACUCCUUCGGGUAAAUACCAAGGAGCGUGAU